UGGAUAAACUCCGGUCGAUGAGUAGAGUGAAAUCGGAAAACAAAGGAGCGAACAAACAGAACAGAUAAGACGAGACCGAAAUGAAGUUAGCUCCAAUCACAGUGUUUAUGUUCAGAGAUUCAGAGGGUUUUGCCUCUGCUAUCUCAGAAGCUCUUUACCCUAACCCUUCUUCCUCCUUCACCCGCCAAGAGGACUCGUUUGAACUCUCUUUAGAGAGUUAUGGAAUCAAGGACCAUAAAGCAUCAGGGAACGUAAUUCACUAUGUUGAUAAUCAUGGCAUUUACAAGGUAUCAAUCGUGAUUAUGCAACACUAUGAGCCACCAGUACUAGCAUGUGCUCUUAAUGAGGUCCUCAAUAAAAUUGUUGGAGGCAAUCCAUCUACAUUACCUACACUUUUGGUGCCUUUUUUGGUGGAAUCAUCCGAAGUUAAAGGCCAAAGUAAAUCCCUAAGAUCAGAUGAAAGUGUAGCCUUAACUUAUGGCAUACAGCUUGGUCAAAUCACUGACAUAAUGCAGACCUUACUCAAGAAAACCCAGGAACCACCGUCUACAUUGCGAAUUCAGCACGAAAAUUUUGCAUGUUUUCGUCACUUUGUUUGUGUAAUGAAGUUACCAACCUUCUUUCUAAUUGGACAAACUAGUCAAUAUUUGAACAGUAAAGCUACCAAACUGCAUGAGGCAAUUUGUGAAAUAGGCGAGAUUUUGGCUAGCAGUACAGGUCUGCAGUUUUCAGAAGACAGAGUGAUAUGGAAUCCAAAAAAGACAUCAAAGGAGAUCAAGGAGCCAUGGCGUGAUUUAUAUGGUUGAAUUCACGGUUUCCCUUACAUGUAACCAAAGACUAGUCUUUUCACGGGUCUGUUUCUUAGAACCAUGGGAUUUCUAACUGUUUCCUUUUAACAUGUUUAAAAGAAAAUUCUUUUUUUUUUUAUUUUCCUUGUACUUCCUAAAGUACCUUAGUCUCACUCUUGGAUUGCGUGCAGUGAGGCCGAAUGCUGCAUGACAUAUCACUACAAAUUCUGUUUUUUUUAUAUGCGGUUUUUAUUGUUUAUACUUCAAUGGCUUGGUUGAAUAGGUUUUUGACGGAUUAAGACAUUUUAUCCGCAUGCUGUACUCUGCUUUGAUGCAUUUAGAAUAUGUUAAGUGAGAUAAAGAUCAGAGCCAUGAGGUUUUUUUUUCUU